AUCUCUGCUGUAAUCCAUCUGAUGAGUAACAAGAACUAAACAGCAUUCAGGAGCAUGGCAGGAAGAAACAGCUACUAUGAGGGAAAAAUUGCUGGCCUUUAUGACCUGGAUAGAACCUUGGGUAAGGGUCACUUUGCAGUGGUCAAACUUGCUCGGCAUGUCUUCACUGGUGAAAAGGUAGCUGUGAAGGUCAUUGACAAGACCAAACUGGAUAAAACUGCUAUGGGUCAUCUACUGCAGGAGGUGCGCUGUAUGAAACUGGUGCAACAUCCUAAUGUGGUACGACUGUAUGAGGUGAUUGAUACACAAACUAAGCUGUAUCUUAUUCUGGAGUUGGGAGAUGGUGGCGACAUGUUUGAUUACAUUAUGAAGUAUGAAGGCGGCCUCUCUGAAGAGCAGGCCAAGGUGUAUUUUGCACAGAUAGUCCAUGCGAUCUCUUACUGCCAUAAGCUACAUGUAGUCCAUCGUGACCUGAAGCCUGAAAAUGUGGUGUUCUUCAAGGAGCAAGGAGUAGUUAAACUGACUGACUUUGGCUUCAGCAACCACUUUCAGCCAGGGAAGAUGCUUGCUACAAGCUGUGGCUCACUUGCCUAUUCUGCACCAGAAAUCCUUCUGGGCGAUGAAUAUGAGGCCCCCUCUGUUGAUAUUUGGAGCUUGGGUGUGAUCCUGUAUAUGCUGGUUUGUGGGAGCCUUCCUUUCCAGGAAGCCAAUGACAGUGAGACUCUAACCAUGAUCUUAGAUUGCCGUUACACUGUGCCAGAUCAUAUCUCUCAAGAAUGCACCAAUUUAAUAUCCUGGAUGUUGCAGCGAGAUCCAAAGAAGAGGGCAUCACUGGAGCAUAUUGAAAGCCAUCCCUGGCUGCAGGGAGUAGACCCUUCUCCUGCCAGUCGCUGUGUCCUGCCCCUCACAUCCUAUAAGAGUGUAUCGCAAAAAGAGCAUGAGGUGAUCAUCCAGGCGAUGACAUGCGGAAACAUUGCAGACAAAGAAACCAUUCAAAAUGCUCUGGAGGAAGACCAGUACAACCACAUCACAGCGACAUACUUCUUGUUAGCUGAGCGAAUCCUUCGAGAGAAACAGGAGAAGCAAACUCUAAAUCAGAACCAGAACCUAAAUAUUGUAUAUAACUGGGCAAACCAAAUACAGAGCCGGCAACCCCUGUCAGAAACUUUCGCCACAUUUGGAGAUGCUAGAGUCCAUUCUACUUUUUCAGAUGUAGGAAAUGGUCUCAGAAACCUACAGCUACCAAGGAUCAGACAUUUAUUCCCAGGAAGUAUAGUGACCACAGCACAUGAUGCUUGUAAGAGUGACUCUGAUAACAGUACAAAGCUUGCAUCUUCAACUGAAAAGGCAACAGCAGGGCCUGCAAGCAUUGUUUGCAAGGAUGAGCCAAGCAAAAUACUUCAUAUGUCAGCAACUCCUGAGGUUUCUGAACCUAGGAAUUCAAAGGGUCUGCAUUCUAUUACUGAGGAGGAGGAAGAGGAGGAGGAGGAGGAAACGGAAGAUGAUAUCAUGGAGGUAGCUAGCAGGGAAUCUUCUCAAGAUUUGGUACAGGAACUCUCUCAGAAUAGUGACGUACAGAAUGACAGCUGCCUGAACUCCUCCAAUAUUCCAGAUGCAAACAUCUGUGGUAUAAAGGAAGUUCUCGGGGGCAGCAUGUAUGGAAGAGAAGAAGAAGAACAAAUAUUAGCUGAAAGAGAGAGAAAAAUGUCAAGUGAUUCAAAUGAAACAAAAGGUCAAUUAUUUUCACUAGAAAUUAAGGAAGACCAAGAAACCAUUAAUGGACAUUGUGUUGACCGUAUUAGUAGAGUCUUUAAGGUUCAGAAGACCACAGCAGGAGCUUGUAGCACUGUGAAAGAAGAAAUAAUAACCUGUGUGAGUAAAACAUCUUAUGAAAAUAGCCAGGGUAAGGGGGGAAAACUACCCACAGGCUUGGCCAUAACUGCUGAGGGAGUAAACAGCUGUACUGAAAGGCAUAAUGGCACUUGUAAUUACCAGACACCAGUCCUACUAUGUGACACUUUAAAGAGUGUCAGUGAUGGUCAAAUCUGUAAGGAAUCUAAGGAUUCUCUUACUGCAUUUUGCAAUAUGUUGAGCCACAAUAAAAGUCAUCUUUGUGUAUUUCAGGAAACUAAAUCUUUAUCCUCAGCGGGUCCUUCUGUGAAGAAUAAUACUGAUGAUGAAGUCUGCGUUUCUGAGGAAUCCAAAAGUCAUGAUUCACCAUGUGACUACAGGAAUGAUAUUGUGAAGAAUCACAGCAGUACUGGUAUCUGUGAGGAUGCCAGUGAUAUGUGUAUUGUGAGAACCAAUGCUAAAGUUCAUAGUGAGUGCAGCAUUGGUGGUACUCUGCUCAACAUGAGUUCAUCCCCAGUGUAUAACAAUAUGAAGUGCCACAAUCAGUCCCACCUCUGUGAAGAACUGAAAAACCUAAUGCUUGUUAAGGGUAUUUUAAAAAAUCAAAGUGAGAGCUGCUUAACUGUUAGUGAAAAACAAAGUGAAUACAUCCUAGCAAGUGACAGCGUCAUAGCUUGUAAACACAACCGCUUUAGUAUGUAUGAAGGACUACAUGCAGGUCAUUUGUAUAACAAUAAGACAAGAAGUGAUGACAAUCAUAUCUUUGGGGAAUGUAGAAAGUCCUCUUUACUACAUGAUAGCUAUGAAAGUCAUAGAGACUACAGUGUUGGCUUCUCAGUUGAUCUUAGUAAUUUUGCUUCAGCCCAUGAGAAUUGCAAAGGCCAAACCAAAGGCUUGCUGAAUCCUAAUCCAAAACUCCUAGGUCAACACCAUAGUUGCAUGAAGAUCAGCAGCGACUGUAAGUCAGAUAUCAGCAUGGACUAUGAAAAGACAUCCCUAGAAGACAAUGUUUUAAAGAAGCCUUUUAAAGACAUAGAAGAAAAUAUUACUAAGAUCACUGAGAAACAAAAUGGGGAUAAGUGUUGUAAAAGAAAGUUGGAAACUGAACAGUGUAGUCUGCAGUGUAAUGAAAGACAGCAGCUAAAAAAAGAGCAUAAUAAUAAUAAUGGGUGUGCUGUGACUGGUUCAGCCUUAAAAUCUUCCCAAACUGCCAUGGCAGGAAAUUCUGGAACCUGUAGCACAACCAGCACUUCACUGUGCUGCAUGACUGCCUCUGCCAAUGUGAGCGAAAACAUUACACUCAAGAACUGUACAAAUGUUGAUAUGAAGUAUGCAGCUGGAGUCUCACAUAGGCUACCUGGGGCUACAAGUUCAGAAAGCUCAAAAGAGUUGACAGAAGAAAUAAACACAACCUGUAGUGACAGCAGCAAUACCUGUGCUGAAAACUGCAUCGAGAGUGUAAUCAAAACUGAUCCAGCUAAAAAUAAGAACCAAAACCUCCGGAAUCGGUUAUUGCAGUUCCCAUUGUGUGAGAAAGCCCUGGCAUUUAAAAUCAAGCCGAAUUCACAAGAAAACCUUCUACCUUUUGGGCAGUUCAAUUGUUGUCAUGUAAUAUAGACUUUGUAUGUAUGAUGCAUAAAUCCAUAACUUAUUUUAAGUAGGGCCCUACAUAGAUAAAUGUGAUUCUGAAAUAGUUUAUGCUUUGAAAAAUAACAAUACUAUUUUUUUGAUGGUGCGCAUGCGUGCGUUUGUAUGUGUUUAUAUCUAU